GAGCCACCAGCUCAGGUUACUGCAGGGGACGUACUAUAAAGGCCUGAGCUCAGGGAGGAGCUCCCUCCAGGCUCUAUUUAGAGCCAGGUAGGGGAUCACAGCGGCCAGACACCUCAGCACUACCUGGCAGAACUGGAUUUCUCUCCCACCUGCGGCUUAAGCCUGACUGCCGGCCUGCCUGCCACAGCCAGACUCCACCACUCCGGUAGCCUCAUGGCUGCAACCUGUGAGAUUAGCAACAUUUUUAGCAACUACGUCAGUGCGAUGUACAGCUCAGAUGACUCCACCCUGGCCCCUGUUCCCCCUGCUGCCGCCUUUGGGGCCGAUGACUUGGUGCUGACCCUGAGCAACCCCCAGAUGUCAUUGGAGGGUACAGAGAAGACCAGCUGGUCGGGGGAACAGCCCCAGUUCUGGUCGAAGACACAGGUUCUGGACUGGAUCAGCUACCAAGUGGAGAAGAACAAGUACGACGCAAGCGCCAUUGACUUCUCACGGUGUGACAUGGACGGGGCCACCCUCUGCAAUUGUGCCCUUGAGGAGCUGCGUCUGGUCUUUGGGCCUCUGGGGGACCAACUCCAUGCCCAGCUACGAGACCUCACUUCCAGCUCUUCUGAUGAGCUCAGCUGGAUCAUUGAGCUGCUGGAGAAGGAUGGCAUGGCUUUCCAGGAGGCCCUAGACCCAGGGCCCUUUGACCAGGGCAGCCCCUUUGCCCAGGAGCUGCUGGACGACAGUCAGCAAGCCAGCCCCUACCACCCCGGCAGCUGUGGUGCAGGAGCCCCCUCCCCCGGCAGCUCUGACGUCUCCACCGCAGGGACUGGUGCUUCUCGGAGCUCCCACUCCUCAGACUCCGGUGGAAGUGACGUGGACCUGGAUCCCACGGACGGCAAGCUCUUCCCCAGAGAUGGCUUUCCUGACUGCAAGAAGGGGGAUCCCAAGCACGGGAAGCGGAAACGAGGCCGACCCCGAAAGCUGAGCAAAGAGUACUGGGACUGUCUCGAGGGCAAGAAGAGCAAGCACGCACCCAGAGGUACCCACCUGUGGGAGUUCAUCCGGGACAUCCUCAUCCACCCAGAGCUCAAUGAGGGCCUCAUGAAGUGGGAGAAUCGGCAUGAAGGCGUCUUCAAGUUCCUGCGCUCCGAGGCUGUGGCCCAACUGUGGGGCCAAAAGAAAAAGAACAGCAACAUGACCUAUGAGAAGCUGAGCCGGGCCAUGAGGUACUACUACAAACGGGAGAUCCUGGAACGGGUGGAUGGCCGGCGACUCGUCUACAAGUUUGGCAAAAACUCAAGUGGCUGGAAGGAGGAAGAGGUUCUCCAGAAUCGGAACUGAGGGUUGGAACUAUACCUGGGACCAAACUCACGACCACUCGAGGCCUGCAAACCUUCCUGGGAGGACAGGCAGGCCAGAUGGCCCCUCCACUGGGGAAUGCUCCCAGCUGUGCUGUGGAGAGAAGCUGAAGUUUUGGUGUAUUGUCAGCCAUCAUCCUGGGACUCGGAGACUAUGGCCUCGCCUACCCACCCUUCUCUUGGAAUUACAAGCCCUGGGGUUUGAAGCUGACUGUAUAGCUGCAGAUGUGUCUCCUUUAAUCUGGUGCCUCCUCAAACCCAGUCUCAGUAAAUACAGACAACACCUUCCUCCUGCAGACACCUGGACUGAGCCAAGGAGGCCUGGGGAGGCCCUAGGGGAGCACCGUAAUGGAGAGGACAGAGCAGGGGCUCCAGCACCUUCUUUCUAGACUGGCGUUCACCUCCCUGCUCAGUGCUUGGGCUCCACGGGCAGGGGUCAGAGCACUCCCUAAUUUAUGUGCUAUAAAUAUGUCAGAUGUACAUAGAGAUCUAUUUUUUCUAAAACAUUCCCCUCUCCCACUCCUCUCCCACAGAGUGCUGGACUGUUCCAGGCUCUCCAGUGGGCUGAUGCUGGAACCCUCAGGAUGGGACUCCCGGCUCCUUUCUCCUGUGAAUGGAGGCAGAGACCUCCAAUAAAGUGCCUUCUGGGCUUUUUCUAACCUU